GAUACCAAGAUGGCGGUGCCGCGGUAGCUUCCCUGGGACAGUACGGUCCUAGGAGCCGCGACAGUUUCUGUCCUUAGGUCCUGGGGAGGCCCAUCUGACUGACUCUGCGGUAUCCCGUGGCGAGGAUUAAUGAUCUGAUCAGAGCUGGACUGUUGAUGUCGCCGGAAAUAUGAUCAGCGCCCCUGAUGUGGUGGCCUUCACCAAGGAAGACGAAUAUGAGGAAGAACCUUACAAUGAGCCCGCUUUGCCUGAGGAGUACUCAGUUCCUCUCUUUCCAUAUGCCAGCCAGGGGGCUAACCCCUGGUCUAAACUGUCUGGGGCCAAGUUCUCCAGGGACUUCAUCCUUAUUUCUGAGUUCUCGGAGCAGGUGGGACCCCAGCCCUUGCUGACCAUUCCCAAUGACACCAAAGUUUUUGGCACUUUUGAUCUCAAUUACUUCUCCUUGCGGAUCAUGUCAGUGGAUUACCAGGCAUCAUUCGUAGGCCAUCCUCCUGGUUCUGCCUACCCCAAGUUGAACUUUGUGGAGGACUCUAAAGUGGUACUGGGAGACUCUAAGGAAGGGGCCUUCGCAUAUGUGCACCACCUUACGUUGUAUGACCUGGAGGCCAGGGGCUUUGUGAGGCCCUUUUGUAUGGCUUAUAUCUCUGCAGACCAGCAUAAAAUCAUGCAACAAUUCCAAGAGCUUUCAGCCGAAUUUUCCAAAGCAUCUGAGUGCUUGAAGAUGGGUAACAGGAAGGCAUUCGCUGGGGAACUUGAAAAAAAGCUGAAAGACUUGGAUUACACGAGGACAGUGCUACACACAGAAACAGAGAUCCAGAAGAAAGCCAAUGACAAGGGUUUUUAUUCUUCUCAGGCAAUUGAGAAAGCCAAUGAGCUGGCCAAUGUGGAGAAGUCCAUCAUUGAACAUCAAGAUCUGCUGAGGCAGAUCCGUUCAUAUCCUCGUCAGAAGAUGAAGAAACCUGAUUUGCAUCCUGGUGAUACAGAGCAUACCCAGGAUCAGGUUGACCAGGUAUCUACUACCUCUAAUCCCGAGGAGUCAGCUAAUGCAGACCUUUAUACUUGCAGACCAGCUUACACCCCCAAACUCAUCAAAGCAAAGUCUACCAAGUGUUUCGACAAGAAGUUGAAGACCUUGGAGGAACUCUGUGACACUGAGUAUUUCACUCAGACCCUGGCUCAGCUGAGACACAUUGAACACAUGUUCAGAGGAGACCUGUGCUACCUCCUGACCAGUCAGAUUGACAGAGCACUUCGAAAACAACAGCCCAUAACAAAUUUCCUCUUUGAAGAUUUUGUAGAGGUUGAUGACAGGAUGGAGAAGCAAGAGAAUGUGCCCUCUCAGCUCAGUCAGGACAGGCCGCCUUCCAAGCCUGUAGAAGAAUACCCCAUUCCUAAAGUGUUAAUUAGUGUUGGCUCUUACAAGUCCAGUGUGGAGUCUGUAUUGAUCAAGAUGGAGCAGGAACUUGGAGAUGAAGAGUUCAAGGGAGUGGAGGCAACAGAGUCGAGCAGUUUUGACCCCCAAGAAAACCUGGACUACCUGGAUAUGGAUAUGAAAGGGAGCAUCAGUAGUGGGGAAAGCAUUGAGGUUCUGGGCACCGAGAAGUCAUCUUCCGUGUUGGCGAAAUCUGACAGCCAGGCCAGCCUCACUGUGCCAUUGAGCCCCCAUGUAGUCCGUAGCAAAGCGGUCAGCCACAGGACAAUCAGUGAGGACAGCAUUGAAGUCUUAAGCACCUGCCCUUCCGAGGCCCUCAUUCCUGACGACUUUAAGGCCAGUUACCCAAGUGCCAUUAAUGAAGAAGAAGCCUGUGCAGAUGAUGAGGGGGCCAUCCAUUUCCAGGCCAGUGCCAGCUCACCAGAACUGGAUGAGACUCAGGAGGGCAACUUGGAAAAUGUCCCAUCCCAAAUAGACUCCAGCUGCUGUAUUGGAAAGGAGGGUGAAAGUCAAUUGGUGCCCCUCCCCACCCCAGCCUACACCCUUUCUGAUGAGGAUGGUGUGGUGAGCAUUCCCCCACAGCGCUACAUACAGAAGGACCAGGGGCUCCACGUGGAUUUCGGGAUGGAAAAUACUGACCCUUCUCCCCAAGACAACAAUUGUGAAAUGUUCCCAGCUUAUGAGCUGGAUCCAAGCUGCCUUCUGGCUAGCCGAGACGUUAGUAAGAUGAGCCUGGAUAACUACUCGGAUACCACUAGCUACAUGGGCAGCAUGGCUUCUACCAGCUCGGACAGAACCCCCUCUGCACCUCCUGCUGGCCUGUCCUCUGAGAGGCACAAAAAGAGAGCUGGCCAAAAUGCCUUAAAAUUCAUCCGCCAGUACCCUUUUGCCCACCCCGCCAUCUACUCCCUGCUCAGUGGGAGGACACUUGUGGUCCUGGGUGAAGAGGAAACCAUAGUCAGGAAGCUGGUGACUGCACUGUCCAUCUUUGUUCCCAAUUAUGGCUGCUCUGCCAAGCCGGUGAAGCACUGGAUUUCCUCCCCUUUGCAUAUUAUGGACUUUCAGAAGUGGAAGCUUAUUGGCCUACAAAGAGUGGCCUCCCCUGCCAGUAUGGGUACCCUCCAUACCCUGAGCCGUUACAGCCGCUAUACAAGCAUCCUGGACCUGGACAGCAAGACCCUACGCUGUCCCCUGUACAGGGGUACACUGGUACCCCGCCUGGCCGACCACCGCACUCAGAUCAAGCGGGGCAGCACAUACUACCUUCAUGUCCAGAGCAUGCUCACCCAGCUCUGCUCCAAGGCAUUCCUCUACACCUUCUGCCACCAUUUGCAUCUGCCUGCCCACAGUGAGGAGACACAAGAAGCAGUGGCCAGCAGACAAGCCAGUUUCCUAAAGCUAAACCUGGGACUAGUGAAUGAGGACAUCAGAGUGGUGCAGUACCUGGCUGAGCUGUUGAAAUUGCACUAUAUGCAGGAGUCACCUGGGACCACCCACCCACUGCUCAGGUUUGACUAUGUCCCCAGCUUUUUGUACAAAAUCUAAGGGUUCCAGCCACUGUGACCAAUACCUGUGACUCAAGGUAUGGGGAGGGAGCAGGGGUGGUGUGACUAAAUGGUUGCCUGAGCUGGAGUGUUGAGCCUUCUGGUGUUAGUGGGAAGGAAACAGGUAUGUGAAAUGGGCUGAGCAGAGGUAGCGCCUGGCCCCCCACAGGGAGCUGGAAGAACAGUGACAGCUGCACUUGGUUCCUUAGGGAAUGGGAAGGAGCUCCCACAUAAGGGAGUGUCUAAUUUUCCAAGGAUCAGCAGUCUGAGCAGGAAGAGAAAGCUCCAGACUGUGGGACUGGAAAAGAUGAGGCUGAGUAGCCAAAGCCCAAACGACAUCUGAGUGGCACAGUCAGCCCAGGCCCUGUGAUGCUGCGGUGGGAAACAGGACAGCCAUUGCCUCCAUCUACCUCUACCAAGGUCUGGUACUUGGCUUCCUGGAGCCCGAUAACUGAGGAGAGGCUCCUGAACAAGACACGAAGGAACAGUGCUCUGGUCAGUUGGAGAGACACCUGGGCUGUGAGGGCUGCAGACCACAAGCAGCCCCUGACCUAUCUUGGCCUCUAUCAAUCAAGUGCUCAUCAAGUCCCUGGGGUCAUUGUGACAGUGGUCACUAGCCCUGGAUGUGAAGCAGAUGCCACAUGGCUACAGCCAGUUUGAGAGAAGUACCUUGGGAGCUGUAGAUGAAGCAGGCCAAGAGGCUGUCAGCACUGUGCAUGGCAGGAGCUGCCCACUGGCUCCUCUCAGCCAGACCAUUAACUCUGACUUUCCCCAGGAAGAUGUGCAGACACUUAACCUCCUGAGGGCUUGUGGGCUUGAUGACAACUAAGUUCUGCCAGUCUAGCUGGUGUGCUGACUGAAACUUAGGAGCAAGGGUGUCCUGUCCUAGCUCCUGGGUGGCUGUCUAUAGACACAUCUGGGAGGCGGUAUAUACUUCUCACAGUCAUUCCCAUGUUGAUCCUUUCCCUUUCAAGGAACUUUGAACCUGGGAGGAAGGCACCUUUUAGUCCCCACCUGAUCCCCUGGUGGCCAUUAUCAUGACCUCCCUGGGAUUCCUGUUGCAGCUGCUCUUGUGUGCAUGGAGUGCUUAUUGUAAUCUUGAAAAUGUGAGACCUUUUUAAAAAACUUCACUCCCCAAAUAGGAGAAGCUCUGGUUAUUACUGCUGCUUUUAAAUUUGCUCCAAAAAGCUGCAGUAAAUUGGACAUGUAUCAGUAGCCCAGUAUGCAUCAGCUAGAUGCUGUGUCCCUGCCCUCAAGUCUGUCAGGAGGUCUCACUACUGAGGUCUCAGAAGGAACCUAUGGAAGCCAAGUAACCAAAGAUGGCCAGCAGCAUGGCACUCUUUUGUCAUAUUCCUUGCCUGGGUCUUUGACACAAAGUUGCAAUCUGUUGCUCCUGGUCAAUGGCUUCAGGUCAUGGUCCCCCUUUCAUGUUAGAGGGCAUGUGACUUUGCUUCUGAGCCUGUAACAGAACCAGAAAGAUGGCACUGCCUGUGUUAGUGUGUGUCUUUGACAUGCAUUACAAGACACCUUGGUGACUGUGGUUUCUCCUCAUGGGCUCCCUCAUCUGCUGUUGCUUCUUAGUGUUCUAGAUGCCACUGUUGUCUGGUUGGCUAAGUCUUUCCUCUUGCCUCCAAGGAAGAAUGUACUAGAGUUCAAGAGACAGGCUGGGAGGUGGCCAGUUGCUGGGACUACUGCCUAACCACUGUGUGUCCCUAUACUGAGAAAGGCAGCAGCCAUGCUUGGCCUCCUGGAUGCUGAAAGCACAGACUUCCGUGGUCAUAUGUUGGGGUGAACAUGCAAGUAUCUUCUUGACAUUCAGUCACAGGAUGGCUCAGAAGUCCAAGCCAAGACUGGUGGGGAGUGGGCAGGACAGUUUUGUGUGGCAGCCAUGAAAAUGGUGAACAGGGGCCUCUCUUGAAUGGCUCCUCACUAAGACUAUCAAGAGUUUGAACUCUGUUUAGGUUGUUUUUUUUGAAACAGGAUCUCAUUUAGCCCAAGCUGGGUUCAGAUUCAGUAUGUAACCAAGCAUAACCCCGAACUUUUGACCAUUCUGCCUUGAUAUCCCAGCCACUAGAAUUAUAGGUGUUUGCCAUCAGAACCAGUGUUUAGAUUUAGACUUUGGUGUUGCUGGCAAAGGAUUAAUUAAUACUGAAACCAUGCUCCCUCUCAGAGGGUAUCAAUCCUCUGUUCCUUUGCUUUUGAGAACUGGAUUCUUCUAAAAGUAGUACAUGUGUACACCUUGAUGUUGUGGAGACCUAUGUAGCAGGACUCAAUUCCUUAAGUUUUCAUCAGUUUGUCAUGGGGCAUAGAGGCACACACUUUUAAUCCCAGCACUUAAGAGAAGAGGCAGGUGCCAGACAAUGGUGGUGCAUGCCUCUAAUCCCAGCAUUUGGGAGGCAGAGGUGGAUUUCUGAGUUGGAGGCCAGCCUGGUCUAUAGAGUAAGUUCCAGGACAGCCAGGGCUACACAGAGAAACCCUGCCUCGAAAUCCCACCUCCCCCACACACACACCAAAAAAAGAAGAGGCAGGUAGAAGUCUGCAGCUUUGAGGCCACCCUGAUCUGCACGAUGAACUUCAGGCCAGCCAAGGCUGUGAUACUAUCUCAAAAAAAAAAAAAAACAAGUUUCCACUUGAAGUGUUUCUCAAGUACUUUCUGUUUUUUUGAGACAGUCUCAUAUAGUCCAAGCCAACUUUGACCUCUGUAUGUAGCUAAGGAUGACUUUGAACUUUUGACCUCUGAAAGAGCAGCCAGUGCUUUUAACCACUGAGCCAUCUCUCUAGCCCUCUUCACUACUUUAUUCCUAUCAUUUGUACCCUGUCACUAAAACUGCUAAGUUGUUUGUUUCAACUUGACCUCCAAGUAAUUGCUACUUCAGCAGCUCAAGUUGCUCUUAAACUUGGAACUGUACUUUGGUUGUGACCCGUCAGUCCUGAUCUGGCCUUUAACUCCUUUAUUUUAGACCAGGUACAAUAUCUAAAAUACUAACAUUUCAACUUCAUCUAAAUUAGUUCCCAUUUCAUAAUCCUAGGAAGGCCAGGAGACCUUCCUUCUCCUUUGCCAAGUAUCAAAGCCAGCAGUUGAGCUCUGUGGUCCUGGAGGCAUAGCUUCUAGAAUAUCGUGGAUGCAUCUUGGCCACCCACCUGCUAUGUUAAGUCCAUGCCACUCCCCCAGCCUGAAUGUUGCGUAUUGGACCAGUGUCCUGUUCCACCACCAUGGUUCAUCUCUGAGGCAGGUAGGUGGUGUUAGCUCUCCCAGCGAUGGAUCAGGUAUGCAAGGCCUUUGGAAGAACCAAAUCCUCAUGGCAGUGAGGCCAUCCAAGCUACUUUUUACUUCCCUAGAAAGCUCCUAAAAAAGUGCCUUGGCUUGUACUUUGAAACAAAUAAGCCAGCUUUCUGGCUUCACUCUAAUACUAUCAUCAAAUUGGAAUCUUUAAGGGAGGCAUACUCACUCUUAUGCUGCAGAGAGGGAAUUGGGUUUCUUUUGCUCAGAAAGCAAAGCUUCCCUUGAGUUUAGCAUACUGUUUCUGAGCCCUUGGCCCGCUAAGAUCUGGUUCUGUUAAAGCUUUGGGAAGGAAGAGGAGAAAUAAGAGAUGUGGCAGUGGAAAAAGAGCAUCCCACAGGGCCCUAACUGGAGCCAGCUGUCUUCAGCUAGGCAGGAAGCACAGCGCCUCACAGAAAUGGGGAGACCGAUCAAUAUCCCACCAACGUAAACUGACACCAUGGCCUUCUCAGUGGUGACAGUAACAAUGGACAAGCUCCCAGGGAGCCUUGGCCAAACUGUCCUAUGCAGGACAGCUGGAGCUACAAGCUGGCCAGAGCACACAGCAGUUGCAGUAAACAACAUAGUCUGUAAGGAACUUGUCUUCUAAGAAGCUAUUUAUUACUGCAUGUUCCCACCGUCUGUAAACGUGUCCCAACCCUGCUGCAGUCACAGUACUGGAACCAGAGCACUGCGAUGUGAUCAUGUCCCACAGGCAUCAUGCACAAAACUUAGAGUAAAUGCCAAAUAAAUAGUAGAAGGAGUGUACUUUUUAAGAUAUUAAUUUAUUUGAGUUUAGAUAUUUUUAAAGUAUAAAAACUGAUUGUAUUUUUUAAAGAUAUAAUUCUUGUAGACACUCUGUGGGCAAAAAUUUGAUUGUUCAUAUUAAGAAGUUACUGAUGGUUUGCAACUCAGCGAUGUAAAAAUAAAGACUUUCAGAAGGUG